ACUAAAAUUGACCUUUUAUUCCAGGCAAAUAAAAGAUAAAAUGUUAGAACUUAGAAGCCUAAUAUGUUAUUUACCAAUGGUCACUCUACAAUCAAGGAAAGCCUCGUAAGUUCUUCCACCAAAAUAGAACUACCCUUCUUAUUGGAAACGGUUACAAAAUCAUGCAAUUGCCAUUGAAGUGUAUAAAAACCAAACACCCCAUGUUCACAAAACCAACCCCCUGCCCGUUCCCCAUUGAGAAAGAAACCAAAAACAAAAAACAAACCAAAGCAAUUCAUAGUUAGAUUAAUCUAACAAUGGGUGAAAAUCAUUUGGUUUCUUUCUCAAUGGUCUUUCUCUUCGCCGCCGUCUUCAUCGGCCAAGCUCAUGGAUCAUCCCUCUGCGACAAAGCUGCUUUCCCUGCACUCUGUCGAUCCACCUUGAAAGGCGCCUCCGAUCCAACAUCAGCCUUGAAGAACGCCAUCAAACACCUCAUUUUCGAAACGAGACGCGCGAAAGUUUCAAGCUUGAGGAUCGGUUCAUUGAAGUCUCUGGUCGUGUGCAAACAGAACUUCGACGAUGCCAUUGACGACCUGGAGACCAGUCUGGCGUAUAUGCAGAAAAAAGACAUUGCGAGCCUGAAAAUCAACCUCUCCGCCGCAAUGACUGACUACUCCACAUGUGACGAUGCGGUGAUAGAGAGUGGCGAGCAGAAGAAAGCUUCCCGAGUUUUGAACACCGACAAUCUGCUGGAACAAUUAGCCGCAAAUUGCUUGUACUUAGCCAGUUUGUUGAAGUGAAAACUAAUAGGAAGAGGAACGGGCAGGGAGGUUCGACCGAACCGAUAUGUCGUUUUGUAGUAGUAAAAUAAUAUGAAACGGCGACAACUAAAUCGAAAGUACACAAAUUAUAUCUUUUUCAUGUAUAACAUAUGCGUGACUACAAGGCAUAUGCGAACAUGACUAUACUUUCAUGUUUGAUGUACUAAAACAUAUGGAUUGGUCAAUGGAUAUAUUUUCAUUAUUUUAACCAAAA